AUGAUUCAUUCUGAUCCUUUGUCAAUUGUUAAGUACAGCAAUUUGUUCAUAGUGGGAUUUGUGUGGACAGCUGAAACAGCUGAUUCAUAUGUUCAUGGUUUAUCUAUGUUAGAUAGUUUAGGAAAGUUUUUUUUCUUCUUGUUGUUUAUUGGUAAAUGCUGUGCUCCAUUGGUGCUGAAGGCCCUCAAGGGGAGUAGGACAUUGAAGCAUCGAGUUAAGGACAUGGUAAAAGCGGUCAAUCGAAACAGAAGACAAAAAGGCGUGAUGGGUCUUGAGAAGUCUAUGAGACCAAUUCCUGACAUUUUGGUAUCAAAGCAUCAAGAUCCUGAGAAUCUGGAGGAGCAAAUGCAAUCACAGAAUCAGAAAAUCCAAGAUUUGAGUGCAGGGCUGCAUAGAAUGGAAGAAAUGAUGAGCCAUAGAAUGGAGGAGAUGAUAAGUCAAAUGAUGGAAUUGAUGAAGCCGUCGCAAGGGAAAGGUAAGGAGCCUGUGGUCCCUGAAACUCAAUCUAAUGUGAAUGGAACUAGGGUCAAUCCUAUUGAAAUUGGAGCAAAUAGUAAUGAAGGAAGGGGUAUUUUGCCGCUGCCGAAGGGGAAAGAAAAUGGGGAUUCUGGUAAUAGUUCUCAGGGGCAUAAGAGUUCUUGUAAUUUGAGGAAUUCUGCGAUGAAAUUGAAGGUAGAUGUUCCCCAAUUUGAUGGUAGUAAUCCGAGAGGAUGGCAAGUCAGUAGACCAACUGCAUCUUGGAGUGAAUUUGCAGAAGAGUUAUGCAAGAGAUUUGGGAAGUUGACUGUAACUGAUGUAGUUGAGGAGUUUAACAAGUUAAAUCAAGAAGGUUCAGUAUUGGAUUAUCAGGAGAAGUUUGAGGAGCUUAAGGCUUUAAUGUUGAAGUAUAAUCCAGGUCUAUCCGAACCUUAUUUUAUCUCUAGUUUCAUCAGCGGGUUGAGUGAGGAAUUGAGACCUGUAAUUAAAAUGUUUAGACCUGAAUCAUUGUUGCAAGCCUUUGAACAAGCAAAAUUGCAAGAGCAAUCCAUUGAGGCUAUUUUGAGAAAACAAAAGCCAUAUAUUAGGCCAUACUUCAAUUCCUACAACACAAGAAAUGCUCAGUUUAGAAAUGCCAAUCCCACAUCUAAACCUAAUUUCUCUACUGCAAACCCAAGUUCUUUCUCUAAACCAAUCUCUGUUGCUGAAUUGGAGAAACCAUCCUCAAAGUUUAUUAACUCUGACUUGAAAAAGGGUAAUAAUAGUUGUUUUAAAUGUGGAGACAGGUAUUACCCUGGUCAUCAAUGUAAGACUCAACAAAUAUUAGCAUUGCAGGCUGAUGAAGAGGGAUUGGAAGAAGUGGGGAAUAUGGGGGGAGAGGAGGACUAUGAAGGUGAGGGAGAGGAGGUUGAGAUCUCCAUGCAUGCCUUAGAUGGCAGUAUUUCUCCAAAUACAUUGAAGAUUAGAGGGAAGAUAGACAAGCAGUCAAUUGUCAUAUUAAUUGACAGUGGAAGCAUAUAUAGUUUCCUGGAUUAUAAAAUUGCUAAAGAGUUGGGAUGUAGGAUGGUAAAAGCCCCUCCACUUUCUGUGACAGUAGCAAAUGGUCACAAGAUGAUUGUUGGAUUUGGGUGGUUACUUGGAGUGGAUUGGAUAAGGUCUUAUAGUCCAAUCACUUUCGAUUUUCAAAACCUAAAAGUUUCAUUUCAAAAGGAAGGGAAGCAAAUUGACCUUAUUAGGGUGACUGAGGAAGGUUCAUUAAAACUGAUGACAGGGAGGCAAUUACAGAAAUUGUUCAGGAAGGGACUUUCUGGUAUGUUCACUCAUUUAUUUUCUUUGCAUGCUGUUGCUGUCAAUGAUGAACAUGUUGAAUCUAAGAGUGAUGUUCCACCUGAACUACAAUUUUUAUUAGACAACUAUGCAGACUUGUUUAAAGACCCUACGCAAUUACCACCUUAUAGGGAUUAUAACCAUUCUAUCCAACUCAAACCUAACUCCAAAAUUGUAAAUCUUAGACCUUAUAGAUACAACCAUUUUCAGAAAAAUGAAAUUGACAAGCAAGUGAAAGAAAUGUUACAAACAGGAGUCAUUCAACCUAGCCACAGUCCUUUUACCUCUCCUAUUUUGUUAGUUAAAAAAAAAAAGACAACACUUGGAAGGUUCUGCAUUGACUAUAGACAACUUAAUGAUGCCACCAUUAAAAAUAAAUUCCUAAUUCCAAUUAUAGAUGACUUGUUGGAUGAAUUGUGUGGUGCCACCAUUUUUUCCAAAAUUGAUUUGAAAGCUGGGUAUCACCAAAUUAGGAUGGCUGAGCCAGACACCCCUAAAACUGUAUUUCGAACACACCAGGGCCACUAUAAAUUUAGGGUUACGCCUUUUGGGUUAACCAAUGGCCCAGCAACAUUCCAAGCCUUGAUGAACCAUAUCUUUGCUCCUUAUUUGAGAAAAUUUGUUCUCAUUUUCUUUGAUGAUAUACUUGUCUAUAGUAAAUCAUUUCAAGAUCAUUUGGAACAUCUUUCCUUAGUUUUUGACAUAGUGAGACAACAACAACUCUUUGCCAAGAAAUCUAAAUGCUCUUUUGCAGUAAGGGAAGUAGAGUAUUUAGGACAUAUUAUCAGUGGGGCAGGGGUGCAUACUGACCCUAAAAAGAUUGAAGCUAUGAUUAAAUGGCCUAGGCCUACCUCAUUGAAGUCCUUGAGGGGUUUUUUGGGCCUUACAGGAUAUUAUAGAAAUUUGUCAAAAGUUAUGGGGUUGUUACUAAACCAUUGA